AUGCCUCGCAGCAACCUCAUCACCUCUGAGAACGACAGUGAGUACAGAUUUAUGACGUUUGUUCACUCAGGAUGUUCAUUAUCUGUUUGUGCAGAAACUCAAAUCUGAUCUCAGGAUAUUUUUGCAGAAUCUGCUUGAAUCAAUUUGUUGUAAAUAUUGACAUCUAUCAGAAGUCCUGGUGUGUUUAUGACAAACAAAUGAGUUUUGAACAGAAAUGUGUUUUUUUAUUUAAUAAAGCCGAGCCCCAAACUAAGAAAUAACAAUAACUUAAAUAUUCAUAAUAACAGUCAAAUAAACGCGAACCCUUAAUGUUCGAUAUCGUUGCUGAAUCGUCUCUUUUCACUCAGUUGCAUAUUUGUGAUCUGGCCUCCCACCCCCGACCGUCUCCCUUCAUUAGGCCUUUGUUUGCCUCCUUUGUGCCCCUCCGCUGCACACGACCGUAAUGACCCGAGCGCCGGCCACUCCGGUUACAUUAAGGACACACAUCAAAGAGCCGAGUCCAUAAAUAUCAGUCCAAUUUGUCAGAGGUCCUCUUUGUUUCCUCUUUUAGUGCGGCACAAUGGCGCAGGUCCACAAAGAGGUGAAAGGGUCAGUGUUUAUGGAGGAGAGGAAAGAGAUGGAUUCAUAAAGCCGAGGUCGACAGAGGUGAGAGAGGGAGCCGAGGUCAAUUCAAGAGAGAGACAUGAGAGAAUGAGGAAGAGGAGGGUCUGAUGAGAACCUGAGAUUUCAUUAUAGGAGGGGUUUAAAGGUACUAUAAGGGGUUUUAACAGGGUGGGUAACAGAUUGAGACUUUAGAGCAAACAAGACCGUCAGAGAAAAGUGAGAUGGUCUCAGUAAGUGCCGUAAAUUUCACAAACAGAUAAUGUACAGAUUUCUGAAAAUGUUGGAGUUUCAGUUUAAAUCAGUUUACAGACAAAAAUCUGACAGAAGAGGAAAUGUUGAUUUUUUUAUGUUUUUGUUUAACUCAAAUUUCCUCUUUCCAACAGUCGAGAUCGGACUGGAUCUAGCAGGUGAGAGUUUCUUUAUUCUGACAGGAGGAUGAUGAUAUACAGAGGAUAAAUGUUUUUAUGUUUAGUUUCUUAUUUUUUCCUUUUUAUAUAAAAAAACAUUUUUAAAAGUUUCUUAAAAAUAUUUUUAAAAGUUUUAAAAAAUCAGUUUUUGUAAAUUUGGGAAAACUCUUAUUUCAGGUGACGAGGAGGAGGAGGAGGAGGAGGUUUCUACUUUACAAGAGGAGCAGAGAAGAGAAAGACAGAGAGGAAGACGGAGGGAUGGAGACAGAGAGAGGAAGAAGAGAAAGAACGACAGGAGCAGAGAAACAUCGACAGCAGGAGAGGGUGAGGAGGAGGAGGAGAAAAGAGAGAGAGGGAGGAGAAGGAGAGAAAAGAGUGAUAGAGAGACAGAAGGGAGAGAGAGAAACACAGAGGGGAACGGCAGAGGAAAGAGUGGAAAAACAGAAAAAACGAGGAAGAAUAUAAAAAAUGAAAAAACGAGAAAAAUGGAGGCGGAGGAAGAAGAAGAGGCUGGAGAGAGAAAGACGAAGAAGAAAAAGAGAGAGGAAAGAACCAAAGAAAGAGAGAGAGAAGAGGAGGAAGAGAAACCAAAACUGACGGAGAAGAAGAAGAAGAAGAAGAAGAAGAAGAAGAAGAAAGUUGAAACGAGGUAAAAUCAUCAUCAUCAUCAUCAUCGGUGAAAUCUAAAAGCUCCAGAAAUCACAGAGUUACAAAGAUGUUCAUUUCUUCUUCUCCUCAGUUCAGAGCAGGAAUCCAGUGAGGAAGAGGAGAACCAAGAAGAAGACAAAGAGGAGGAGAAGGAGGUGAGGCCCGAGUCUCUGACCCCAGAGGAGCUGGAGAAGCUGAAGGAGGCGGUGGACGAGAAGAAGAAGCUGAUCCAGGGUCUGAGGGGGAAACCGUGGCCCAUGAAGAAGAAGCUGCUGACUUUACGGUAAAUGAUCCGUUAUUAACGUCAGACCCUCACAGGACCAAGAUCUGAUCAGGGUUCAACCAUCUCGUUCUUCAUGCAGAGAGUCUCAGGAGUUUGUGGAGAAAUAUGAAGGAGCUCUGGGGAAGGGGAAAGGAAGGAAGCUGUACGCCUACAAGGUCAUGAUGACCAAGGUGAGGAGGACGCACGUUUACCACCAGCAGGUAGGACAGGAGGUGUGGACGGUUCUUUCAGAUCAUCUGACCUUCGGUUUCUUCUGCAGAAAUGGAUGAAGUUUCAACGAGACUUUGAGAACUUCAAGACCGCCUGCAUACCGUGGGAGAUGAAGAUCAAGGAGAUCGAGAGUAAAGUUUGGAGUAUUUCUCAGAGUUUGAUACUGAUACUUCAAAAUAAAAGUAUAGAGCGACCUAAACUCCAGACUGAGAAAAUUUCAAAAUAAAAGCCUAACAAACGAUGAUUUUCUGAGGUCCGGUCUUCUCCAGAGAAGGUUUCGGUCUCAGAUCUGCUGAUCGAUCAUAAAUCUGAACAUGUUAGAAAUGGUCAUGACUGUUGGGAUGACCACACUUCCUUGUUUCUCCUCGCGCUUCCUCUCAGGUCAUUUCGGCUCCUCUGUUGCGUCGUACUUCCUCUUCCUGCGGUGGAUGUACGGCAUCAACAUGAUCUUGUUUGGUCUGACCUUUGGCCUUGUCAUGGUCCCUGAGGUACUUUAGCCCCUCCCUCUCUUUAUCACAGACCUUUCUACCUCCUUCUCCUCUCCCUGAUCCUCUGUCUCGUCUCCUCGCUCUGUCAGGCGUUGAUGGGGCGUCCGUACGGCAGCAUCCCGAGAAAGACCGUCCCCCGGGCCGAGGAGACCAGCGCCAUGGACUUUGCUGUUUUGUGGGACUUUGGCGUGAGUUCCUCUGUGACCUCCUGAUGAGGACUUCUUUGUUGUAGAUCAUCUAAACUUGAGUUUUCUUCUCUCAGGGUUACGCUCAGUAUUCCGUCCUCUUCUACGGUUACUAUAACAACCAGCGUGCCAUUGGCUGGCUCAAGUUCCGUAUGCCUCUGUCGUACUUCCUGGUUGGUGUAGGUACGGUGGCCUACAGCUACAUGGUGGUCAUAAGAACGUAGGUUUCCUCCCUCUCCAUACAGACGCCUCCUCUCUGGGAGGUCUGAUCUCACUCUGAAUCCUGGUCCUGGUUUUAGGAUGGCCCGGAACGCCAACGAGUCCGGGGUCGGAGACGAUAACAGCUUCAACUUCAGCUGGAAGAUGUUCACCAGCUGGGACUACCUGAUAGGAAACACGGAGACUGCAGAUAAUAAGUUCGCCUCCAUCACCACCAGCUUCAAGGUCAGCGCUGACGGUGUUUGGUGACGCUCCUCUCGGUGAAUCUUCAUGAAUCUACAUCCUGUGUUUCUCCUUUUACUCCUCCAGGAGGCGAUCUUAGAGGAGCAGGAGAGCAGAAAAGACGACAACAUCCACCUGACGCGUUUCCUGCGUGUGCUGGCAAACUUCCUGGUCUUGUGCUGCUUGGCAGGAAGUGGAUACCUCAUUUAUUUUGUUGUGCGUCGCUCUCAGAAGUUCGCCCUGGAUGGACUGGAGAAUCACACGUGGUGGGAGAGAAACGAGGUGAAGACCUCUCCACCUCUGCGCAGUAAUCCCGUUUAAUCUGAGCUGAUGAGCCUGUGUCCUCCUCCAGGUGAACAUGGUGAUGUCUUUACUGGGGAUGUUCUGCCCCAUGCUCUUCGACGUCAUCAGCACCCUGGAGAACUACCACCCUCGGGUCGCCCUGCAGUGGCAGCUGGGUCGGAUCUUCGCCCUCUUCCUGGGAAAUCUCUACACCUUCAUCAUCGCGCUCAUGGACGAGAUCAACCUCAAGGUGAGAACCAGAGCGGGCCGAUGUGUCAAACACUCUUGAACCCUAACCUGAGGUGUUCACCUUCCAUGUUCUGCAGAGAGAGGAGGAGAAGAUCGUGAAGUUCAACAUCACCAUGUGGGAGGCCAGUCUUCACAACGCCACCGAGUCCGAGAACAGCACCGCCGCCACCGUCACCAUCAUCCAGCCCGCUGACGUCCCCAGAGGGCCGUGCUGGGAGACCAUGGUGGGGCAGGUCAGUGUGCUCACCUGUGACCCACCAACCACACCGCAGGGGUCGAACCUGACACCUGUUUCUUCUUUCUUCUUCAGGAGUUUGUCCGUCUGAUCAUCUCCGACACCAUGACGACCUACAUCACGCUGCUGAUCGGUGACUUCCUGAGAGCCGUGCUCGUUCGUUUCCUCAACUACUGCUGGUGCUGGGACCUGGAGGCCGGGUUUGUGAGUCAUCUAGGAGCUCUGUGUCUAUAAUCUGACAUCUAUAAUUUAUUCUAAUCUGAGUCUGUUGACCUUCUUCCUCUGGAGGUAAAUUUAAUGAGUUAUUUCUGUUUCUGAAAGCCGUCUUACUCUGAGUUUGAUGUCAGCGGAAACGUCCUGGGUCUGAUCUUCAACCAGGGGAUGAUCUGGUGAGAAAGAGACCUGAAUGUUGAGGUCAGCAGAUCUGAUGUUUCUCUGACCUCUUCUGAUAAAGAACAGCGCCACCAUGACUGUGUUAUUUCAUGUUUCCUGCAGGAUGGGAGCUUUCUACGCCCCCUGCCUGCCCGCCCUCAACGUGCUCCGCCUCCACGUCUCCAUGUACCUGCAGUGCUGGGCCGUCAUGUGCUGUAAUGUCCCCCAGGAGAGAGUCUUUAAAGCCUCCGGCUCCAAUAACUUCUACAUGGCCAUGCUGCUGGUCAUCCUCUUCCUCUCCACGCUGCCCGCCAUCUACACCAUCGUCACCAUCCCUCCGUCCUUCGACUGUGGACCUUUCAGGUGAGGAUGCUUGUCUAAGGAGAUGGAGGUUUACCUUCAGAUCACCUGAUGAUGAUGAUGAUCUCUCUGUCUCUCAGCGGGAAGAAGCGAAUGUUUGAUGUGAUCCAGGAGACUCUGGAGUCGGACUUCCCCGCCUGGUUUGGAAAAGUCUUCAGCUACGCCUCGAACCCCGGACUGGUGCUGCCCUUCAUACUGCUGAUGGUGUGAGUGUGUCAGGCUUUUAUUUUGAAAAGUGUUUCUGUCAUGCAGGUUACUUUAGAUAUCCCAUGCUCUUAUUUUGAAGUAUGUUCCUGGUGGAUCAGAAAUGACCUUUUAAAAAACAUCUAAAUGGUUAAAAUGACCUUCUGUCUGUCCACUGUGGCGGCUCCAUGACUGAAAAGGUUAAAUUAAUCUUCUGUCUCGUCGUUCAGGUUGGCCAUUUAUUACCUGCAGUCCACGUCCAAGAGCUACAAAGAGGCGAAUGUGGAACUGAAGAAAAAACUCCAAACGGUGACUCAGUGAUUGUUUCUGUUUUUGACCGCUGUGGUAAAAAAUGAAAUAAUCAGUUUCACAAGUUUACACUGUGACCACUCUGGUGGCUGCAGUAGUCGCAUUAGCAUCAUCAGUCCAGCAGGGGGCAGCAGAGGAACAUCUUACAAACUCCAAAUGCAUCAGCUGACUAAAACAGACACCGAGCAUCCUGACUCUUUUCAUCUCCUACAUUGGCCCAAUUCCAAACCACCCCCUCACUGACUCAUUGACUUAGGUGCGCGCUCAUGUGAGCUCUGUAAGGGCUUGAGGGUUGUUCCAAAUGAAAUCGGUAAGUCAGCGAGGGCUCGGGAACGCCCCUUUCUGCACCCUUUCCGUAAGUCCGUACCGUUGAGGACUUUGGCUAUGAAAUUGCCCACAAUUCAUUGCGUUGUGGGCGUUACUGGAGGACAGCGACGCAGCCGGGGCCAGGAUUUAAAAAGGAACGAGGCCACGAGCGUCUCAACGUCCGCGACAGACACCAAAAAUGACGGAGAUCAUGGCGAAGAAGCUCAAGAAGAAGCAGUUCAUUUAGGAUCUAGGCGCACCCUUAAUACUCUAACAUGGAUGUUCCGCAUCGUGUAUGGUGGGCGCCGGAAUGCCAAGAUGAACAAGAAUGCACUACAUUAACAUGGAUAUAAUAUUAUAUAUAUAUAUAUAUAUAUAUAUAUAUAUAUAUAUAUAUAUAUAGUACAGGCCAAAAGUUUGGACACACCUUUUCAUUCAAUGCAUUUUCUUUGUUUUCAUUACUAUUUAAAUUGUAGAUUCUCAAAACUAUGAAUGAACACAUGUGGAAUCAUGUGCUUAAGAAAAAAGUGUGAAAUAACUGAAAACAUGUUUUAUAUUUUAGAUUUCUCAAAGUAGCCACCCUUUACUUUUUUGAUAGCGCUGCAAACUUCAGCUGUUCUCUCAAUGAGCUUCAUGAGGUAGUCACCUGAAAUGGUUUUUACUUCACAGGAGUGCCUGAAGUAACCCUGACAAGGAACUACUGUCAUCAAGAGCAAAGGGUGGCUAUUUUAAAGAAACUAGAAUAUAAAACAUGUUUUCGGUUAUUUCACACUUUCUUUAUAAGUACAAAAUUCUACAUGUGUUCAUUCAUAGUUUUGAUGCCUUCAGUGAUAAUCUACAAUGUAAAUAGUCAUAUAAAAAAAAAGAAAAGACAUUGAAUGAGAAGGUGUGUCCAAACUUUUGGCCUGUACUAUAUAUAUACACAUAUAUGUGUGUGUGUGUGUGUGUGUGUGUGUGUGUGUGUGUGUGUGUGUGUGUGUGUGUAUACAUACAUAUAUACACACACACACAUACACACACGCAUGCGUUAUUCUUAUAACAAAGAAAAUUGAUUUUUACUUCAAACUUUUAUCUGAAUCAAUACAUUUUAUCCUGAACUAACACUCUAAAGCAGUGAUUACUUUCAGAAUCUAGUGCUUCAACCUUUUAACCAUUCAAUAUCACUUAACCUAUCAUUAAUGCUGGUUUUAUAAUUUAUCAAUCUAAUCAUUAUUUACCAAUUACCUGUUGUCUAUGUUCAAGAGCAAGUGUGUGCAAAAGGAGCGGAACAAUGUUGGCCUUUCUUCUGCAACGUCGCUGGCCGCGAAAUAAAUGCAGAAUUAAGAGCCCAGAGAGGCAAGUGUCAGUCGCAUCUUUGGUUGUCAACGUUGUCGUCUAUCGUCAAGGUAACGUGGCACGUCACAAAGGGCUGUUCCAUUGCUUUUAUACCCUUUUGGAGCCCUUAAACCCUCCCACACUCAAGCACUUACCAGCUGACUUAACCUAAGCUAAUGAGGGUGCAGGGCUUGAGGGCUUAGGGUGGAGUUUGGAAUUGGGCCUUUAUUUACAGAUGUUUCAGGUAAUUGACUCUAAGUUAGUUUAAGUCUAAUUAUUGUUUCUGUUUUUGUUUCCAGCAAAAUGAGGAGAACAAGAAGAAGAACAAGCGAGCGGCGCUGAAGGCCCAGAUGGACCUGGAGGAGGCCAGAAAAGCUGCAAUAAAGACCCCAGAGCACCAGAAGAACAACAACGCCUCAGUGAAGGUCCCGGAGGGUGAGGAGGACAAAAAUUCAGAUUAAAAAUUAAUGGAUGAAUGAACCAACUUAAGAGAGAUGUUGUUUUUUAUUUACCUCCUUCACUGAUAUUAUGUUUCCACGGUAACGUCUCCUUUCCUCUGCAGACGGUGAUGAGCAGCACAGAGGAAGUCAGAGACAGAAUAACUGCAGGAAUGGACGUAACCUUCCUCCACCCAGACACCAAGAACAGCCUCCUCCAAACACCAGAGCUCCUGUGUCCAGGUCGUAUCACUAUGGCAACCAGGGCCCCCCCGGUUACCUGCCGGGCCACCCUCGCCACAGUGAGCCCCGGAUGUGCAGGGCGCCGAACCUGCAGAGACACUGA